AUGAUUAAAACUAACAAUCUACAAGAACAACUAGAUUGGGCAAAACUAAAGAAACCUCAUCUACCUUCACCAAAUUUAUUAAAUAAAGUAUUAAAAAAAUAUCCAAAUUCAAAUCAAAAUAUAAAUCAAAGUAAUCAAAUUAAUCAAAGUAAUAAUCAAUCCUCCUCAAGUUCGUAUUCAACAAUAAGUAAUAGUUCAAAUGAUAAUAUAGUACGAGAACCUAGAGUACGAGAAUCCGUAUCACAAGUUGGAAAUUUACUUGUUACAACAUUUACACCAGAUUCAAAUAAAGAAAAUAUUCCUCCACCGUCAUCAUCAUCAAAUACUUUAAAUGACGCGUCGUUUACUUCAACUCAAUCAAAUUUAAGUAAUAAGAGUAAAUUACAAAAGAAACAAUCAAAAUUACCAUUAGUUUCAAGAUUUUUCAAUCCAUUAUCAACACGUCCAGAAACAACUCAACCAAAUAAUGAAGAAAUUAUUGAUUUAACAUUUGAUCCAAGUCCAAAUAAGAAAAGGCCAUCAUCUGAAGAAUCAAAUUUUAAUUCCAAUAAAAGAACCAAAAUAAAUAAUGAUAAUACAGCCUCAAUAAAUUAUAAAGUAUUGGUAAAUUUACAAGAAUCUAAAAUCAAUUUAUUGGAAGAAAAAUUUAUCACAAGUGAAUCUAGUUCUAUUUCAUUAGAUCAAAAGAAAGAACAAUAUAAAGUAUUACAAAGUAAAAUUAAUGAUUUAGAUAUUAAAAUUAUCCAAUUAAAAGAACUAAUAAAAGAAGAAGAAGAUAAAAAUCUGGUUGCAGUUGAACAAACAAUGAUGACGGAUAUUAUAGAAGAUUCAGUUGCAGAAACACAAGAUACUUUACAACAAAAUGAAGUAUUUAGAGCACCAGCAAGACCAGCUCGUAUAGCGGAAGCAAGACAAAUUUUGGAACACGACUUACUGAUUAUUGAAGCUGAAGAUAAUUUCGGUGAUAAUACAAUGGAUGGUUUAAAAACUCCAACUCAAGAACGUGAUGAUUAUGAUGAUAUGGGAAGUUUUAUCGAUGAUGAACCAAUAAUUGCAAAUUCAGAAGAUGAGUAUGAACUGAUUGUUGGUACUCAAGAAGUUCAAAGAGUUGAUAGAAAUGAAUUAGAUAAUAUUAGAUUAUCACCAGAUGUUGCAGAAAAAUAUGGUAUAAGAUAUGAUAAUGAUAAUGAUAAUGAUAACGAUUUUGAAAACUUUGAUGAACCAAUAAAUUCUGAUGAAGAGCAAGAAGGAGAAGAAGAAGAAGAAUUUGAUCAAGUUGAAGAAAUUGACUUUUCAACACAAUUAAAUCAAGAAAGAGAAAUUGAUAUUAUUCUGAUUGAUUCAGAAGAUGACGAUGAAGAUAAUGAACCUAUUGGUAGAUCUUUACCUACAAGGAAUAUGAUAUCAUCAUCAAAUAAUUCAAUUGCAAAUUCAAUAAAUGCUGCUUCUACCUCAAUAAUUUCAAAACAAGGUAAUUUAACACCUCCAGCAUUACCUCCAUUAUUAAGUAUUGAUACAGAUGAUGAAUUUAGUGACGAGGAUGAUGAUUUAUUACAACUUAUAAAUGCUCCAAAAGAAAGAAAUGUACCACCUGGUUCAGAAAAAUUUAUUGAUGAAAUUUAUAAAGUUUUAAAUUAUACUUUUAAAUUACAAGCAUUUCGCUCAAAUCAAUUAGAAGCAAUAGUUGCAUCACUACUAAACAAAGAUGUGUUUGUUUUAAUGCCGACUGGUGGUGGUAAAUCUUUAUGUUAUCAAUUAUCUGCAUUAAUUAAAGGUGGUUUAAAUAAAGGUACAACUGUUGUUAUUUCUCCAUUAAUUUCUUUAAUGCAAGAUCAAGUUCAGCAUUUAAUAAGUAAAAAUGUAAAAGCUGGAAUGAUUAGUUCAAAAGCUAGUAAUGAUGAUAAUAAACAAACAAUCAAUUUAUUUAGAGAUGGAAUGUUGGAUAUUGUUUAUUUAUCACCAGAAAAAGUUAAUAGAUCAUCACAAAUUCAAAGGAUUAUUGGUAAUCUUUAUGAUAGUAAUAAAUUAGCAAGAGUUGUUAUAGAUGAAGCACAUUGUUUGAGUUCUUGGGGUCAUGAUUUUCGUCCAGAUUAUAAAGAUUUAUGUUUCUUUAAAGAGAAAUUUCCAAAUGCUCCUAUAAUGGCAUUAACUGCAACUGCUAAUGAAAGAGUUAGAAUGGAUAUAAUUCACCACCUCAAAAUGAAUAAUCCGGUUACAUUAAAGCAAAGUUUCAAUAGAACUAAUUUAUUUUAUGAGAUUAGAUGGAAAGCAAAUGAUCAUUUGCAAGAUAUUUUUGAUUAUAUACAACAACGUCAUAAAAACAAAUGUGGUAUAAUAUAUUGUCAUUCAAAAGUAUCAUGUGAACAAACAAGUAGUAAAUUAAAUCAAUUAGGUUUGAAGACAUCUUUUUAUCAUGCAGGCAUGACCGCAGAAGAUCGUCUAAUAAUACAAACAAAUUGGCAAAAAAAUAAAAUUCAAUUAAUUUGUGCAACUGUUGCAUUUGGUAUGGGUAUUGAUAAACCAGAUGUUAGAUUUGUUAUACAUUUAACUAUUCCAAGAAGUUUAGAAGGUUAUUAUCAAGAAACUGGUAGAGCUGGUAGAGAUGGUAAACCAUCUGAAUGUAUUAUGUAUUUCAAUUAUAGAGAUGGUAGAUCAUUAAUAUCAACAAUUAAAAAGGAUAAAGAUUUAACUCAUGAAGGUAAACAAAAUCAUAUGGAAAAAUUAGGUCAAGUUCUACUGUUUUGUGAUAAUAAAGUUGAUUGUAGAAGAAAAAUCGUUUUACAAUAUUUUAAUGAAUCUUUUGAUUCAACCAAUUGUAAUAAACAAUGUGAUAAUUGUAAAAAUUUUAAUCAUGUUACAAGUAUUGCAAAAGAUUGUACUGAACAUUCAAAAGAUAUUUUAAGAUUAGUUCAAUCAAUUCAAGAUGAAAAAGUUACUGUUGUUCAUUGUCAAGAUAUGUUUAAAGGUUUAAAAGGUGGUAAAAUUAGUAAAAUGGGUCAUCAAAAUAAUCCAUAUCAUGGUAAAGGUAAAAAUUUAGAUAAAUCUGAUAUUGAAAGAAUCUUUUUUAAUUUAAUUGGUGAAGGCUGUUUAGAAGAAUAUUCAAUAAUGAGAGGUGGGUUUGCAUCAAAUUAUGUUAGAUUAGCUAGAAAAGCUAAUAAAUUAUUAAAUGGUCAAUUGAAAAUAAAAAUUCAAUUUAAUUCAUAA